UGCGGUUUAAAUCCCGGCUGAGAGGUGGUAGUGGGACUUGAAGGAGUAACCGUUGCGCUUUAACCCGCUAUUCUACGACGUUUUGUUCCACAAGAACUACAUUUCCCAGACAUACUGAGUAACCAAGACGUUGACUGUUUGGCUCAUCCUUGACCGGAGUCGAAAUUGGCUUUCUGCUGCAUUUUUGCUGACAAACACCGGGCUAAUGAAAUUAUUAUCGCACCGGCGAAUAUACAACUUUGUGAUGUGAGGACACCUUCAUUACAUCCUUGUUGAGGUUCAGCAUGGCGCAGGAGGAGGACAUACACAGCCUGGAGGCGAAAUUUGUUGCUGCAGUUAAAGUGAUCCGGAGUUUGCCUGAUGAAGGUCCUUUCCAGCCAUCUGAUGACAUGAUGCUGAUGUUCUAUAGUUACUACAAGCAGGCCACCCUGGGGCCCUGCAACAUCCCCAGACCGAACGGCUUCUGGGACACUCAUGGAAAAGCUAAAUGGGAUGCAUGGAGCUCUUUAGGAAAUAUGACAAAGGAGGAAGCCAUGAAGAACUAUGUUGAGGACAUCCAGCUGAUUUUGGAGACCAUGCCAGUCUCGGAUGAAGUGUCUGACCUGGUGCAGACACUUGGCAAUUUCUACUCAGAGGUAGACAGAGAAGGAGAAGAGGCUGAAGACAAUGAGGUGGACAGCAGACCCUUCACCAGGCCUUUUGCAAACCACACAGAUGAUCUGGUCAAACAAUUAUACAAACCAACAAUGGAAGGCUAUGGGGAUCUGUGGGAUGAUAUACAAAACCUCCAAGAACAUGACAGCAGUGUUCAUGGCGUAAGUGUCAGUAAUGAGGAAGCAGAGGGAAGCAGAGAAAAUAGUGAAAUCGAGAGUAAAGAGGAAAGUAGUGAUUGGAGGAAAAGUGAGGAAGAGGAGAAUGGGGAUGAAGAAGACAAUACAGACGAUGAAGACAAGGAGGAGGAAGAGGAGGAGGAAAAAGGCUGGAGGCCUCAGCCUCGGCUGCUGACGGUGGACAAGAGGUGGAGGUCUGACACCAGGGGCUCCAGCAGCAGCAUGGAGCCCAGCAUGUCCUCCUUCACCAACGGGACAAACAGCUCCCUCAACAGCGAGGUGGAGGAGGAGGAGCUUGCCUGCUCCGUGGAGCCCAGCGUGCAGUACAACUCCUAUAUGCACUUUAACGGACACCUGAGUGGUCAUAGUGAUGCUGUCUCUGAGAAGCACCACCGAUCCACAGACUCAGAUAACGAGGAAUUCUGUGACUCAAUGGAGCAUCUGGCCAUGGAAGAGUCUACAUCAAAAAUACUGUCACCCGGAUCAGGAGCGGCCUCAGUGAGGAAAAGGGAUCUUUGGUUUGAGAGCAACACCACCCUGAAUGGAGGAGAGGAUUCAGUACUCAUGGGAGAGUCCUACUUUAAAGAAGGGAUUAGUGCAAGCCAGCACAACAGCUCCUUGUCAAGAAGAGGGAGAGGUUCACUAUCGCCAAGGGCAACCUGCAGCUCUCAGCGGUGUGCUAGCGUCGAUGCCACCAACUGCUGUUUGUCACAGAGCCGACAUCCUGUUAGCGUUGCCAAGGGAAACGUCAACGAACAAAUAGCUACGGCUCUGCUGCGGCUGCAGCAUGACAUGGCCACGGUGUUGCACAGGCUGCACGCUCUGGAGGCGCAUACGGUGUCGCAGUCAAGAUCAUCUUCGCCAAGGCAGGACUCCCCCCUACCUGUAGCACAAAAGUUCCUGAGACCUUCUUGGUGGCCUUUUGACUUCUCUCCACUCACAGUGGUGUUGACUGCACUCUGGCCUCUGAUUUCCCAUUGGCUUGUCCAGCUUUACUUACAACGGAGGAGAAGGAAAAUCCCAUGAAUAGUCUGACGACCUUCGGCAUCAAUCAGAGAACACGAAGCUGGGAUGAAGUUGUUGCACUUUUGUUGCUUUGUGGCUUUUUCAAGCCGCCGCCACCACAGACAGAUGGAGUAUAAUGAGGCACCAGUAGCAAUGGAAAGGCUACUUUAGAUAAAUGAACGGUCAGAAAGACGUGUGUAAAGGGGGACUCGGCAAUAUAACGUAGCAUUUUGACUCCAUGGAUACUUUUUAGGUGUUUAAGAAAGGGAGGAUUUGUGCAUUAUACAGUAAAUACUGGCACAUUCUCUUUGUUACAGUGAGCUUAGCAUUAGGCGGUGAUCUUAUUUAUGACUCACAGAUCACCAGGAACUCAAUAUACACAUAACUCACAUAACUGCAUCCACUUUUAAUUGAAAUUAAUUCAUGAUAAUACAGUAGUUGUGGACCUUAAGCGUUGCCAUUGCCAGUUAUUUUAUUUAUUGUGCAUUUCAUUGUAUAUUUAAGUUUCUUUUCAUGUUUUUGUCAAACAAUAUUUUACGAUUAUUAAGGACUUUUAUAUUUAUUGUUCUAAAUAUAGAAAAUAUUUUAGGACCAUUUGUUUUUUAGACCAAAUAGACAUGGUGACCAAUAUUGUUAUUUAUGUGUAAAAGUGUAUAUUUAUUUAAUGGCUUCAGUGCAAUAGUACUGUAGUAAAGAUUGCACUUUUGCAAAAGGUGAAUACAGAGUAAGGACAAUCCAUAUAUUCAUUCUUGUUUCUUGUCAGCUGUACAAUGGAAAUUAAGACUUCUGUGUUUAAAUCAAAGGUGUGGUGCUUUCAAAUAUACGGUUGUUAAACAUAAGUAUAUGAAGCAUAUUUUGACAUGCAAUAAACACAUUCUUGGGACAAACACAA